CCACAAACACGCAUAAGGAAAACAUUUGAACAAAGGAGCGAGUAAUUUGGAUGAAAUGAAACUCAGAUGGCCUACUUAUACAGAUGUGUAUGAACAGGAUAAGGAAAGACCAGAUCACAGAAACAAGAAAAGGAUUAGAACUACACUAAGACAACAUGGAUUUCCUUCAUCAAAUCAGAACUCUGAGCCCCUUUCCAUCAUUUCCACCUUCCUCCACUUCUCUAAGUGACAUGCCCGUGUCCAUCUUGCAACACCUUAAAUGUUCCAUUUGCUUUGACCUGCUGAAGGACCCUGUCACUACCUCCUGUGGUCACACGUUCUGCAUGGAGUGCUUGGAUCGCCACAUGAAUUAUAACGAUCUGAUCUGCCCAUUAUGCAAGCAACAUAUUAAGUCCAGACCAGAAGUAAACAUUGUCUUUAGAGAUGUUGUGAACGAAUUCCUCAAGGCCCAGGAGCCCAGCCCAGAUAGGUUUACUGGACAGCCCGGGGAGGUCCCCUGCGACAUUUGUCCUGAUAGUCACAAAAAUAAAGCAGUCAAGUCAUGUCUGAUGUGCUUGUUGUCAUACUGCAAUAGACAUCUUAAAAGACACCACAGCAAGUUACGUUCCAAAGGGCAUAAGCUGGUGGCACCACUAAACGAGCUGGAUCAGCGGGCAUGUAUGGUCCACGGCAGACCUCUGGAGCUAUAUGUGGUCAGUGAAGAAAAGUUAAUCUGCAGUCUCUGUGUCCGAAACGGGAUACAUGUAGUGUCUGUAGAGGAAGAAAAAGACAAUAAGCAGGCAGAGCUGGACUCUGUUAUGAGCGACAUAACACAGAGAAUACAGCAGAGAGAGGAGAACGUGAAAGAGUUGGACAAUUCUGCAGAAAACUGCCUGGCUCUGAUUCACCAGGACACAAAUGAAAUUAAAAAGAUUUUCAACGCCAUAAAGAAGGCAGUUCAGACAGCAGAAGAUGAGGUGCUGAGCCCUUUAGAGGACCGGAGAAGACAGGUGGAGGAGGAGGCAGAGGAGAAGAAAAAGGGUUUAAAGGAAAAUAUAACCAUACUAAGUAAACAUAUCUCAGAUUUAAAAAAACUGAGAAAUGAAGAAGACCCUGUAUUCUUCCUGCAGAGUUAUCCUUCUGGCACAAUGGUGGAUAACAACAAGGACUGGACUUCUGUUUCCUUGGAUACUUAUUUGAAUUUUGGCACAACAAGGAGCAUUGAGGUGACCAUGAUGGCUAAUAUUAAGGACGAGUUUGAGAAACUCUCUAAAAUGGAAUGUUUACGCAUUAAGAAAUUUGGAGUGGAUGUGACUUUGGAUCCAGAAACUGCUCAUUCACAGCUCCAAAUUUCUGAUGACAAGAGAGAGGUGAAAUUUUCUGUGGAAAAAAGUGAUUCACCUGAUUGCCCCAACAGGUUUGAUAUGUUUGGCAGCGUUUUGGGACAGAACUGUCUGACUGAAGGCAGAGCCUUCUGGGUAGUGAAGGUUGGGAAUAAACGAGGCUGGGACAUUGGGGUGGCAAAAGAGGAGGCCAACAGGAAGGGUGCACUCUUCCUCAAACCAAGCCAAGGAUACUGGGCUAUUGUGCAUUAUGAUGGUGACAAAUAUGCAGCUCUGGAAGACCCCCCCACCCUGCUGUCCCUUUCAAAUAAACCCUGUGAAAUAGGCGUGUUUGUUGAUUGCAGUGAGAAGUUGGUCUCUUUUUAUGACAUGGAAGCAAAAACUCACAUUUAUACAUUUACUGACUGUGCUUUCGGAGAAGCUUUAAGGCCCUACUUUAGUCCUCACCUUAACCAUGAUGAGAAUUUGGUUAUCUGCUCAGUCAAUCCCAGUAAUUAACAUCACUGUAUAGAAAAGGGUGAUUUCUAUAUAACUGUAAACCCAAAACUAUGCUGUACAAUCAAAUUCCUAGACAUUAUUUUUUUAUUUAUUUUUUUAUAUGGAAUAUAUAUCAAUAUACUGUAUGGAAUCAAUGCAAUAUAUCACUGGAACUGGUUACUCAAAAGAUCUUAUGUGGUUAAUAAAGUCACUAAGGCAUAAAAGAUGUAUAGAGAAA